AUGUGGGCGUUGGAUUAUGUGGCUUGUGCAGACGAUGGAUGGGGAGCAGAGAGCUUUAGUGGCGACAAUGCUAGUCUGUAUAUCCAGGCCUGGAUACUCGACUCCUGUAAUAAGCAUUUCUCAACACAAUUCACACUGGAUAAGAGCGACACAAACACUGUCGAGCGAGUGAGCCUGGAUUCGGUGUAUAGUUUAGAUUCAGCAUUUGUUUCUGUUCUGAUGAAAGUAUCAUCUCCAAACAACGAGGAAUUCAUCUUUCACGCUGGCGGUAGCGCCAUGAUUGAUACCUCUAAUGACACAUAUGGAGCUAUAAUAUACGGAUACAAUGAGACAGAGGUUCUGCUCUGGAGACCAUCCAGGACAAAUACAAAUGGACAUUUGGUUUACGUGGGUGGACAGUGGGGUGGCGGGCAAAAUUAUCAAGAAAGUGACGUUGUUGAAGUCAUCAUUAAGGUUAUUAACAUUACAGAUUGCCCAAUCCCUCCUGACAUUUCCAAUGCAUAUAAGCUAUAUGACGGAGUAACUAAUGGUAGCAAAACACUGUACGCUUGUAAGACUGGGUUCACUGAAAGUUCUGAUGACGUCAUUAUUAACUGUAUAGAGGGCACAUGGUCUAAGUCGUCAAUGUUUUGUAAAGAUACAACAAAGGGACUAAGAAGCUAUAUCACCAAUGAGACGCUUGCAGAAUGGAUAAAAGAGAUGAAGAGGAAUCUAUCCGUUCAUAAAUCAAACACUAGCGCCUAUAACAGAAGCUUGAUCAGUGUCUACGAAUCUCGUCCUAGUGCUGUACAGAUAGGAAGUGUUGGGGCCUUUCUGAUGAGUUUUACUAUAACAGCUCUAAUUUUACCGGAUAUAAUUGCUGUUGUCAAGAACUUGUGCAAUAAAAUAAAUAAGAAUUUUUGUCAACAUCGGAAGGGCAGAGAUGAGCAAUGA